AUGCCAACGCACGGGAUUUGUCGGCACAUCACCCCACAACAACGGGAGCAACUACAGAAGCAGCAAAGAUGCCAUGAAUUUACCUGGGUCUGGGUCUGUCUGCUGCUGCUAAGCAGCAUCUGCGGGUCCGGGGCCCAUUUGCACAAGUGGAACAUCUUACAAAAGAGUUUUCGGUAUAUGCAGGAGACCAUGCUGAGUAACAGCUUAGAUCGCGCUCAUCUGAACUAUGGAAUUGUGUUUGAGUGCCGCACUAUCUCCGACAUGGAUUUGGGAGAGGAGGUACACUUUCAUUUACAGCUCGGCGACUUGAGUGGUUUCCGUCGUUUGGAUGCAAAAAAGAAGUUGGCAUUGUUUUUGCAUGGCUGGAACGAUCAGGGCAGCAAGGACUGGGUUCAAGAGCUAUUAUUGACUUGGACCCUCUUUGAUGAAGGUUACAAUGUAUGCGUUGUAGAUUGGGGCAAUCUGUCACAGAAUGAUUACAAAAGCGCCUCAAUGUCUAUAUUUGAUGUUGGUUUGACAGUGGCGGGCAUAAUCAUUGCCCUGGAGGAAAUGCGACCGCGUCACUUUAAUCGCCACAACGUCACCCUAGCGGGAUAUAGUUUAGGCGCUCAUGCAGCAGGAUAUGCGGGGGCCGUCCUAGAUGGUCAAGUGGAGCAAAUAAUUGGCCUGGAUCCGGCAGGGCCUCUGUUCACUUUACCGGCUGCUGUUCACCCAAAGUAUCGGCUUGACCAAACGGAUGCAAAGUUUGUACAAGUCCUGCAUACCUCAGGCGGCACCUUGGGCACCAGUCUUAAGUGUGGGCACGCUGAUUUCUAUCCGAACGGUGGACGAGCUCCCCAACGCAACUGUUUGAUGUUUAUGAAUCUGCGCGAUAUGCAAAACACAAAUCCUAUUGCCUGCAGUCAUUCGGCAGCGGCCAUUUUCUUUAGGCAAUCAAUGGAUCCGCAGUACCCCUUCAUUGGGUAUCAAUGCGAUAGCUAUCGCGAAUAUCUUUCUGGCCGCUGCGAUAACAAUCGCCGCGCUCUUUUUGGGAUUCACUCUCAUCGACGGAUGCAAGGCAGUUUCUUUUUUGACACCACGUCCAGCCACCCCUAUGUUCAGCGGCAGCGCUCGAACCGCCUUUGGAAUUGGAUUUUGGAAAGGUCUCAGAAUCGGAAUCGCAUAAACGACAGGCACUUAAGUAGCGACAAUGCCAAAGGUGGCGAACUCUUGCGUCAACGGCCGUGGACGCGGAGGCGUAGUAGGGAAAGCCAACGUUGCCAGUGUGAGAGGUAA